AUGCCCUAUGAGCCCCUUCCCUCUUUCUUCCCGAUCGCUCUAGAGGAGGUGGAGGAGGAGGACGUGGUCGCACCUCCUGCUAUGCCCUAUGUCCCUACCUCGGUCCCCACCCCACCUCCGCCUUCAGUUUACCCUCGUGUGGUUCCCCCUGCCCCACCUUCUUCAUCCUCACCCCUCUUGGCUUCCCCUCCUCCUCCUAUUAUCCCCUCUCCCCUUCCACCCUCCAUCCCUCCUACACCUGCUCCACCCUCCUCUUUGUCUUCCACGGCACCGCCCGUUGGUGAGGGGGGGAUAGUGGUGCCGCCGUCCAUGGUGAUCACCGACGGGCAGCGCCUUGUGACUGAGCAGCUGCAGGAUGAGAGUAGUAUGGAUGGAGUGCAGCAGAGUGGGGGGAUGGAGAUAGGGGAGCAGCAGAUAGAGGUGCAGCAGAGUGGGGAGCUGCAGAUAGGGGAGGAGCAGAUUGGGGACCAGCAGAUGGUGGACCAGCAGCCAGGGGAGCAGCAGACAGGGGAGCCGCAGACGGGGGAGCAGGAGAUGUGGGGAAUUAGAGAUGGUGGUCGUGUGUUGGUUUCUGGGACGACCACUGCACCACUGCGUCGCUCCACUCGCAUCACUCGUGGUGUCCCGCCUAUGGGAUAG